CAUAACCCGAGUGACACGUUGAAUUCGCCAUAAUCAAGGAAACCUUUUCCGGGUGGGGAUCUCUGAAAUUACUCAGUGAGCAACCCUAAUUAACCUGAUUUUUUGCUGAUAAUCACUCUCAAUGGAAUCAAAUCACAAAUCCGGGGAUGGAUUGAGCGGCACUCAGAAGGAAGCAGCCCUCCGCGCACUGAUCCAGCGCACAGGAUAUAGCUUGGUCCAGGAAAAUGGACAAAGAAAAUAUGGUGGCCCUCCACCUGGCUGGGAUGCUGCACCCCCUGAAAGGGGCUGUGAAAUUUUUAUUGGAAAACUUCCCCGAGACCUUUUUGAGGAUGAGCUUAUACCAUUAUGUGAAAAAAUCGGUAAAAUUUAUGAAAUGAGAAUGAUGAUGGAUUUUAAUGGCAACAAUAGAGGAUACGCAUUUGUAACAUUUUCAAAUAAACUGGAAGCCAAGAAUGCAAUCAAACAACUUAAUAAUUAUGAAAUUAGAAAUGGGCGCCUCUUAGGGGUUUGUGCCAGUGUGGACAACUGCCGAUUAUUUGUUGGGGGCAUCCCAAAAACCAAAAAGAGAGAAGAAAUCUUAUCGGAGAUGAAAAAGGUUACUGAAGGUGUUGUCGAUGUCAUUGUCUACCCAAGCGCUGCAGAUAAAACCAAAAACCGAGGCUUUGCCUUUGUGGAGUAUGAGAGUCAUCGAGCGGCUGCCAUGGCGAGGAGGAAACUGCUACCAGGAAGAAUUCAGUUAUGGGGACAUCCUAUUGCAGUAGACUGGGCAGAGCCAGAAGUAGAAGUUGAUGAAGAUACAAUGUCUUCAGUGAAAAUCCUAUAUGUAAGAAAUCUUAUGCUGUCUACCUCUGAAGAGAUGAUUGAAAAGGAAUUCAACAAUAUCAAACCAGUGGGGCAACCCUCACUCUAUUUUACAGGUGCUGUGGAGAGGGUGAAGAAAAUUCGAGACUAUGCUUUUGUGCACUUCAGUAACCGAGAAGAUGCAGUUGAGGCUAUGAAAGCUUUAAAUGGCAAGGUGCUGGAUGGUUCCCCCAUUGAAGUCACCCUAGCAAAACCAGUGGACAAGGACAGUUAUGUUAGGUAUACCCGAGGCACAGGUGGAAGGGGCACCAUGCUGCAAGGAGAGUAUACCUACUCUUUGGGCCAAGUUUAUGAUCCCACCACAACCUACCUUGGAGCUCCUGUCUUCUAUGCCCCCCAGGCCUAUGCAGCAAUUCCCAGUCUUCAUUUCCCAGCCACCAAAGGACACCUCAGCAACAGAGCCAUUAUCCGAGCCCCUUCUGUUAGAGAAAUUUACAUGAAUGUACCUGUAGGGGCUGCGGGAGUGAGAGGACUGGGCGGCCGUGGCUAUUUGGCAUACACAGGCCUGGGUCGAGGAUACCAGGUCAAAGGAGACAAAAGAGAAGACAAACUCUAUGACAUUUUACCUGGGAUGGAGCUCACCCCAAUGAAUCCUGUCACAUUAAAACCCCAAGGAAUUAAACUCGCUCCCCAGAUAUUAGAAGAGAUUUGUCAGAAAAAUAACUGGGGACAGCCAGUGUACCAGCUGCACUCUGCUAUUGGACAAGACCAAAGACAACUAUUCUUGUACAAAAUAACCAUUCCUGCUCUAGCCAGCCAGAAUCCUGCAAUCCACCCUUUCACACCUCCAAAGCUGAGUGCCUAUGUGGAUGAAGCAAAGACGUACGCAGCCGAAUACACCCUGCAGACCCUGGGCAUCCCCACUGAUGGAGGCGAUGCUGGCACAAUGGCUACUGCUGCUGCUGCUGCUACUGCUUUCCCAGGAUAUGCUGUCCCUAAUGCAACUGCACCUGUGUCUGCAGCCCAGCUCAAGCAAGCGGUAACCCUUGGACAAGACUUAGCAGCAUAUACAACCUAUGAGGUCUACCCAACUUUUGCAGUGACUGCCCGAGGGGAUGGAUAUGGCGCCUUCUGAAGACACUUUUAAAUUUAAGAAUAAGACACACAAAACUCUAUUAAAAAAAAGAAAUAAACCUCUAA